GAGGCGGAGGGAAGAUUCUCUUUGGUGGUUUCGUCGUUCAUCAGGGUGUUAAAGUUCGUCAAUAGCAUCUUUUUUAUCUGAUGGUUCAAUAGAUGGUACGUCAACACAGAGUUAAUCCUCUCUGUGCCUUUGGUUGCUGGGUGUUGGAUAGCAUUUCCUUUAGUCAGCUCUUUCAGGCGUCUGCUGCAGUUGGGAACCGUGAUUUCCAACGGAAAGCAUAUGAAAUAAGUAACUUUUAGAGAAUGGUAGAAAUGAGCAAAAAACUCGCAUGAUGCGUGACACUAUGACCAUAAACCAAAACAUGAGGCCGAAGGCUCUUUUGGUCUUUUCAAAGUGUCAAACAGUAGCUGGUUGGCUAAACGUCGUUCUUCAGUAGAUUUUUCUUCAUCCAUUGAAGAAGGGGUAAGCCCGAAACGUUUAGCAAGCCAGCUACUAUUUGACACUGUAAAGAGCCUUCAGCCUCUUAUUUUAUCUUUUAGAGAAGCCCGGAUAAUCUCGCACACCUCUCGACUCUUCUCGAAGAGCCUUCACCCUGCGGGUUAUUUGAAGUAUGUGCCUGUGUCAACAGAUACCGGAGUAGUCGCAAGAGACUGGGCACCAAUGUUGAAUGGAGCAGAGUUAUUUUGUGCAUCGAAGCAAGGUUUUAAAUUGAUUGCUUUGCUAUUUUUGGCCAUGUUGGACUGAAUCGUCAUAUCUUUCGGACAUAUUGAGCUGUUGAAAUAGAAGCUACUUUGAUCUUGCUAGAAAAUGAGUCAGAUUCCUUCAGGAAUUUCGCGUUUAAAGACGCCGAGUAGAAUAGUGAAACCGAUACAAGGCGGGGGUGUUGGUGUCGCUGGUCAAUCUUCUUCUUCAGUUAAACCACGUGGCGCUGUAGCUGCUUCUUCUCAGGCAACAACAUCAACAGGACAGCCAAGAACUAAUCCUUUGGGUUCUAAACUGAGCCAGACUCCAAGUGGACCAGUGAAGAGGGGACUGCAGGCGAGUGAUAACGGCAGACUAAAUACCAGUCGUGAGCGCUUAGUCAGUCCUCGAGGCUCAGUUACUGGCGGGCAAAUUGCACAACCGAGACUACCUUCAAGGGAAAAUUCACAAUCGAAACUGCAAUACAGGAGAGAAGGUUCUAGUUCUUCUCUACGUGGAUCAUCUUCAAAGACAAAUUCAUCGCAAAGUGUUGUCAAGAGACGUGGCGAAACUUCUCGGACUUCAGAAAGUCAAGCGGCGACUGACUCAUCUAAAUCAAGUUUGCUUAACUUCUUCAAAAUAGGCGAUCGUGUCCUGGUAGGAAACACCAAUCCUGGAGCUAUAGCUUUUAUUGGAGAAACUCGGUUUGCUAAGGGUGAAUGGGCUGGUGUUGCUCUAGACGAACCUGUUGGCAAAAAUAACGGUAGUGUUCAAGGAGUACGAUAUUUUGAAUGCCAAGCCGGUCAUGGGAUAUUUACAAAACUUGAGAAGCUCACAAAAAUUAACCAAAUUCCGAACGACGAUCAGGGGACUUCAAGACAUGAAAUCAAAACUGGGAAAACAGAAGCUAAAUUUAAUAUUGGCGACCGCGUUGUGGUUAGCGGUACAAAACACGGUGUUGUGAGGUACCUUGGUGAAACUGGUUUUGCCAAGGGCGACUGGGCUGGCAUUGAACUUGAUGAACCUUUGGGAAAAAACGACGGAGCAGUAGCCGGAAGGAGGGCAAAACAAGUGCAAAUACUCACCUUCUCUAUACGACGGCUAGUCGGGUGAAAUGGCGUCCGAGACGAGGACGGCAGACAGGUGAGUCAAGAGUUCUUGUGCGCAUGCCUGGUUGAGUAAAUUUACUUCUGGUAGCCAUCCUAGCUCAUCCCAUCCUGGUAUCUUAAGGUGCCAAAUAAACAUCGCAUGACAGUCCCAAAAAUCUCAAAUUGCCUGUAUUGGUGACCUUUGGUCUUUGAUAUAUAUGGCACGACAGACACGUGACUGACCUCUUGUGACUGGUCAUUUCCACUGCCGGCAAGCGAGAGUCCAGGCUAAGGCUGUCAGAGUUGGUCUGGUCUGAUCUAUCAGAGCUGAUCGACAGGGUAGUAAUAAUCUUCCUGGGUUUUUCAUGAACUAGUGAUCACUCAUCAGUUAGCUACAGUUUUUCUGAUUUUCUUUCUCUCCAUGGGAAAAGAUGGAAAAGCUAAGGAAAGCACAAACCCAAACGCAAAUCCAAAAAACAAAAAGAAAACAAAAAAAAAACCCGAGAUGGCCAAAGAAGACAUAAGCUUCAAUCAGACUGUUCUCACAGUGAAGCAAAGUUUAGUACCUGGACUCCAUGAAAUCCAAAGCUCAUCACCUUUCUAUCUCGGAGUUGUUACCUCUACCAUAGUCCAAAAUGAACACGAGUGUCAUUUAUUCAAGAUCAACAUUUAUCGUGCAUUGUGCACUUUUUGUUCGUUACCAUUUUGCUGAUUUUGUACAACAAAUUGCUUUUGCUUAUUUUUGAAAAUAGAGUUUUAAAAGUGUUCGAAAUAGUUUUAUGAACUUGAAGUGGAUAAAGACCAAUAAACCUCUAAGUAAUAGAAGUUAAAUGCAAUCAUGUGAUAGUCGGACUUGAAUGAAUAGUAUAAAAUGAUUAUGAAAGAGGGAAACAGAGACAGACAUAAACAUUGAAAAACUAAUGUUUAAACCACGAGUUGCAUUAUUUUAGAGGGUUAGUACCCUACAGGGGAAAAAACCUGUUAGCAACAGUGACAUAUGACUUCAUCCAAAAAAAUAACAGCGACAUUUGCUUCCGCUGGUUCGGCAAUAUCGGUACACAAAAGGAUGCGACAUGUGACAUGGGUACCCCCCUUGGAAGGCCUCAUAACUGACAGCUAUUGAUAAGAAUAAAUUAUUUUUCUGUGUGCAUGGGAUACAAGACAAUAUCAUCUUGUAUUCAACCUUACUCUUAUUCCACAACUAUCUUGGUCAACUUUUCACUUACACGUAAUUGUAUGUUUCAUAAUUUAAAGUUCUUUCUUGUAUAGUAAAUUUCAAACUUGAUUCCAUUUUGAUUUUGUCACGGGAGACUAAAUACUUGUGCUCUGAGCACUGUUUUUCAUGUCAAGGCAAAGUUUCAUGUAUUGUGCUACAUUGGUUUUAACUGCAUUAUUCUUUGAAUUGCAUUACAUUUGCUCAAUUAAUCUAUUGAGG